UUCGUGUCACACUAGCGUCGAGAUUAAACUAGGGCAGAUGAGUAAAAUCGAGAGUACCUGACAACGAGUAUUUUCGAUCCGACGCUAUACGAACGAAAGACGCCAUGUCCGGCGUCGACGCUGCCGCCACCGCCCCCGAGCCCCCCUCCAAGCGCCGCAAAGUCCACGACGACAACAGCACCGACUCCACGCCCGUCCGCCACUACGACGCCGCGGAUAAAGCCGACGACAAGCACACCCUCCGCGUCUCCAUCCGCGAGAAGACGCUAGACAGCCCGUCCAUGACGCCAAGCAGGAGCCGAAGCCCGAGCCGGAGCAGGGACCGGAGCCGGCCACGUCGACGAGACACAGACGACUACUCCAGCGACCGUUCGCGGCACAGCAUAUCGCCGACGUCUAGCACGCGUUCGCGUCUGCGCUCCCCGUCCUCGAGCCGCUCCUCGAGCCGCUCACGUUUACGAUCGCGAACCCCUCGCUCCCGAUCACGCUCGCCCUCCCAAUCCGACUCCCGCUCGCCCUCACCAGGCUCCCAACUCCGCGACGACGCCGCCCUCGCCGCGCGCGACGCCCCUCCUCCUUCCCGACAGCAUCCCCAACCCGCGAAGCCGCACUACGUAGCGCGGAUGGUGUUAACAGGGCACACGAACGGGAUCUCGCAAGUGCGGAUCUCGCCGGACGGGCGGUGGAUCGCGUCGUCGUCGGCGGACGGGACGGUGCGGAUCUGGGACGCGGCUUCGGGCGCGCACGCCGAGACGCUCGUCGGCCACAUGGCGGGCGUGUCGGCCGUGGCCUGGUCGCCCGACAGCGCGACGCUGGCCUCGGGGUCCGACGACAAGGCCAUCCGGCUGUGGGACCGCGUCACGGGGCGCCCGCGCGCGCGCGCCGGCGGCAAGCCGCUGCUCGGCCACCACAACUACGUCUACUGCCUCGCCUUCUCGCCCAAGGGGAAUAUUCUGGCGAGCGGCAGCUACGACGAGGCCGUCUUCCUCUGGGACGUGCGUGCCGGCCGGCUGAUGAGGAGUCUGCCUGCCCACAGCGACCCCGUGAGCGGCAUUGAUUUUUGCAGAGACGGGACUUUGGUCGUUAGUUGUAGUACAGACGGGUUGACCCGAAUAUGGGACACCUCCACCGGCCAAUGUCUCCGAACCCUCGUGCACGAGGACAACCCGCCGGUAACAUCCGUCUGCUUCGCGCCGAACGGGCGGUACGUCCUCGCCUUCAGCAUGGACUCGUGCCUGCGCCUGUGGGACUACGUCUCCGGCACCGUCAAGAAGACGUACCAGGGGCACCAGAACAGCGGGUUCAGCAUCGGCGGGUGCUUCGGCACCGUACCUUCCUCCUCCUCCGACAACGACGAUAACAGCAACGGCACCUCGGACGAGAGUGGGAGGGCGUUCAUAGCGGCGCCCAGCGAGGACGGCGCCGUCGUACUCUGGGACGUCAAGACGAAGGAGGUCGUCCAGCGCAUCGACGGCGCCCACGACGGCGUCUGCUUCUGGGUCGACGUCCACGGGGACACCAUGGUCAGCGCCGGCAAGGACGGCCGCAUCAAGGUGUACAAGCACCGCCGCCCGGGCGCCGCCUCCGCCAAGGUCAACGGCGUGGCUGCUGCCGGGGCGAAAGACGUAAAUAUGGAAGACGGGGUCGCUGCUACUGCUAACGGGGACGGGACCGGGAGUAUAUCGCCGCUUAAGGAUGAGGAUGUGAAAAAAGAAGAUUAGUAGGAGGAGGGCAUACCCAAAUUAUUUACAGCUAACUGUGCUGAGGGAAUAUAAGUGGUACGUAAUAUGUGUGCAUUUAAGGGGAAACGAAAAAGGCGAAGAAAAUAAAACCGACUUCGUUACUACGCGCAUGGAUCCUAAGAGGCAGGGAGCCUUCCCAAA